GCUCGCGAGCCCCUCGAUCCGCAUGGUCGGCCGGCGCAAGGGCACCAAAGUCAUGCAGACGCCGCAGCCGUUGACGGCCAAGCAGCGCAGGCGCCAGGCUUGGAAGUGGAUCGUCGACGCGAGCGACAAGCGGCAGGGGACCGAGAAGGACUUUGGGCGCCGCCUCGCGCAAGAGUGCCUUGCCGUCCUCAACGGCCAGAGCGAGGCCCUCAAGAAGGUGACGGGCACUCACACGCUCGGUGUCACGGGCAGGGCAAACGUCGGACGGUAGUCGACUCGAGCGCAAUAUCAGCAGCAGCAUCGCAAGCC